UGGCGGCGCCCAUGUAGCACUUGUCACAAGCGCAAACUUUGUGGUGGGCGACGGCGUCGCGCAGCGUUACCUCGUCCAUGUCUUUGUUCGGAACUUUAAGCGAGGCAACAUAAGACGCGGGGGAUUUCAACAAGAUGAGGUACGCCCAACUAGUCAUGGGUCCCGCGGGAAGCGGCAAGAGCACCUACUGCAGCACGAUCGCUAAGCAUUGCGAAGCCGUCGGCCGCUCCGUGCACGUUGUCAACCUGGAUCCGGCGGCCGAGUACUUCGACUACAACGUCUCCUUCGACAUCAGGACUCUGAUAAACGUCGACGACGUCAUGGAAGACGAAGAGCUCAGGUUCGGCCCCAACGGGGCGCUCGUGUUUUGUUUCGAGUACCUGGCCGAAAACAUGGAGUGGCUUCAGGAACAGCUCGGCGAGGACAGCGACGACUACUUCCUCUUCGACUGCCCCGGCCAGAUCGAACUCUACACUCACCUGGACGUCAUGAAGAGACUCAUCCAAACGCUCGAGGCCUGGGAGUUCCGAGUGUGCGGAGUGUUUCUGAUCGACUCGCAGUUCUUGGUCGACACGUCCAAGUUCUUCUCGGGCGUGCUGUCGGCGCUCGCCGCUAUGGUCAACUUCGAGAUACCGCACGUGAACGUCAUAACCAAGAUGGACCUACUGAACAAGGCGGGCCGCAGGAAAAUCGGCCGCUUCCUCGAGCCCGACGCCAGCUUGCUGCUGGAGGACGAUAGGCUGGACGAGAGAAACGCGCGGCUCUCGGAGGCCAUCGCCAAGGUCGUCGAAGAAUACAGCCUCGUCAAGUUCAUGCCGCUGAACAUCAAGGUGGAAGAGAGCAUCGGCGACUUGCUGCUCGUCAUAGACAACGCCAUCCAGUACGGUGAAGACUUGGACGUUAAGACGCACGAUUUCGAUCAGGCGGAUCGAGACGGCGACGGUGACAUGCCCUACGGUCUGGACGAUUGACGAGAAUAUUAGAUGAAAAGACUGGCGCGCUUACCCUGUCACGUACUAUGGGUCGUCGUUAAAUGCGACCCGGCCCCCGACGUUGAUUCGAUUCAUCAGUGUGAUUGCUUCAUGAAAUUACGACAUAAUCAUAAAUGUUGUGCUUUCAGGAAGGUGGUCUGAUGCACUCAUGUGCAACCUGUCAGCAUUACAUCAUCAUGCCGAAACACCACCUUCUACAGCGCACGAGAUAUGCACUGCAGCUGCCACUCAAGCACACUUAAUGAAAGAGCACAUUUAUUUGGGAAUUAAAUUAUCGCUUGAUA